AUCGCAGCGAAGGGGUGAUCAGGGGUAUGUUUUUUUUGGGUUGGGGUUAAUCGAUGCGGAGUUUACCCACAUGAUUGUACCGGAGACCACUGUUAGCUUAAUUAAAACGUGUACCAGGCUGUUUUAAGUUGGAGUCCGUGCACGUUUGAAUCCGAUCUGUUCUGACACGAUGGAUUCGCUGCUGUAUUUAGGAGGCUUGGUCGUUAUGCUCCUGCUGUGGAUCAAAGUCAAAGGUCUAGAUUACGUGAUCGUUCACCAGAGGUGGAUAUUUGUUUGUUUGUUCCUGCUGCCGCUCUCCGUCAUAUUCGAUGUGUAUUACUAUGUGCGGGCAUGGCUCAUUUUCAAGAUGUGCUCUGCGCCCAAACUGCACGACCAGCGCGUGCGAGACAUCCAACGACAGGUGCGUGAAUGGAGGAAGGAGGGGGGUAAGACCUACAUGUGUACUGGUCGACCCGGCUGGCUCACUGUGUCUCUCAGAGUGGGGAAAUACAAGAAAACCCACAAAAACAUCAUGAUCAAUAUGAUGGACAUACUGGAGGUGGACACAAAGAGGCAGGUGGUGAAAGUUGAGCCGCUGGCCAACAUGGGUCAGCUGACUGCUCUCCUCAAUUCUAUUGGCUGGACACUGCCAGUGCUGCCUGAGCUAGAUGAUCUCACCGUGGGUGGUUUGGUGAUGGGUACAGGCAUUGAGUCGUCCUCCCAUAUUUAUGGGCUGUUUCAGCACAUUUGUGUCGCAUAUGAACUGGUCCUAGCUGAUGGCAGUUUAGUACGCUGCACAGAGGAGGAAAACUCAGACCUGUUCCAAGCCGUCCCGUGGUCCUGUGGUACUCUGGGAUUCCUGGUUGCAGCUGAGAUUAAAAUAGUCCCUGCUAAACCAUGGGUGAAGCUGCGCUAUGAGCCGGUCAGAGGGCUGGAGAACAUUUGUAAACACUUCACUGAAAAAUCAGAGAACAAGCAGAACACAUUUGUCGAGGGCAUCCAGUACACUCUGGACAGCGCUGUAAUCAUGACAGGAACCAUGACUGACCACGCAGAGCCUGAUAAGAUUAACAGAAUCGGCCUACACUUUAAACCCUGGUUCUUUAAACACGUGGAGGGCUACCUGAAAGGAGACCACACUGGAGUAGAGUACAUUCCCCUGAGACAUUACUACCACAGACACACACGCAGCAUCUUCUGGGAGCUUCAGGACAUCAUCCCAUUUGGCAACAACCCGGUGUUCCGCUGGCUUUUUGGAUGGAUGGUUCCCCCUAAGAUCUCUCUGUUGAAGCUCACACAGGGAGAAACCAUCAGACGGCUUUAUGAACAGCACCACGUGGUCCAGGACAUGCUCGUACCCAUGAAGCACAUGCAGGCCGCCAUCACGUGCUUUCACCAGAACAUCAGUGUUUACCCUCUGUGGCUGUGUCCAUUCCUGUUGCCACCAGGCAGAGGGAUGGUUCAUCCUAACGGUCAAGAGGAGGAGCUGUAUGUGGAUAUCGGGGCUUAUGGAGAACCCAAAGUCAAACACUUUGAAGCCAAAGCAUCAACACGUCAGCUAGAGAAGUUUGUCAGAGAUGUGCAAGGGUUCCAGAUGCUUUAUGCAGAUGUGUACAUGGACCGGGCAGAGUUUUGGGAAAUGUUUGAUGGACAGCUGUAUCACAGACUGAGAGAGGAACUAGGCUGUAAGGAGGCUUUUCCCGAGGCUUACGACAAAAUCUGUAGAUCUGCUCGACACUGACCCCCAUCACUGUUGCCUGACCACAGCCCUGUAUCACAGGCACACCAAGGCACUGUUUACAACUCACGCCUGGUGACAGAUACUAGUGUUGGGAUGCUAAAAAAAGGUUUUACACAAAGAUACAUCUCAGAAUUUUCCACAGUGAAAAUAAGCUUUCCGCACACACUUAAACAAGCUAAAACACUACUUUUUGGCGAUCUGGCUGUGUAUGAAGAAGACCCCCCAUCAGUGUGAAACAGUAGCACAAGAAUCAUAAUGCUUUUAAUGAAGAAUCUAUUUUUUCCUUUUUCUGUAUAUUAUUUUAUCAUCCAUGGUCUCAUAUCAUCUGCAUCUUGACUCAAAACCUCGUGUAAUGUGUAUUUGUUGAGAGCAUAUUGCACCAAAUGUCUUACUUUUUACUUUUUUUUAAAAAUUGUUACUACCUAACUGCCCAAGUGCCAUACACUUUGAAAACAUGACCUCCUUAUUAGAAUCAUACAAAUAUUUUAAAAUACAUAUUUUUUGGAUAAUCUUCAGUGAAUUUUAAGUCCGGGGGAAAAAAAACAUGUUAAUUUAUAGGCUACCAUUUUGAUAUCAAAAGGAGAAAAUAUCACCUGAAAUGCGUAAGGUUUAAGAUUGAUUAAUUAAAAACUUUAUUCUACAAUAGAUUUGUCUCUUGCUUUUAAAAUGUACAUUAUAAAGAUGUUGGAAAUAAAACACACCAUGCUGCACUAUAAAAACAAGGAUCCACAGUCAUCACACACAUAGUCAAAGCUAACUUAUUUGCUUUGAACAGACUUAUUUGAAUUUAUUUGAAUAACAGCACAAUGCAAACCUAAUAUUUUAGUUUCUUUUGUUUGUCCUUAUUUAUCCCUCUCUUUCCUUUUUAAACGUGUUGGCAUAUGGUCAAAGCAAACUGGGUGCUCUGAAUAGUGAUUUCACUCAGGUUUACACUGGGGAGUUAUUAAAACAAUCUUUGUCUCUGCCUGACUAAUACUAUCUGAAUGUUAUGUAAAACCCAUCAUUGAAUGUAAUUUAAGUGCCUUUACUGAUGUACUGUACUUUUACUCUACUACAUUUUGGGGGAAAAUACUUUGCAGAUCCAGAUGAUUAAUACAAAUUUUAAAUAAACUAGUCGAUUUUGAUGUAU